GUUAAUUAGACUUGGUGAUUUGCAUUGGAAAGAUAGUGUCUAUGCAUAAAGUAUGUUUCUCUUGUUGGCUGGUUGAAAAAGACGACAAAAAGGAAACAAUUUAAACGAAUCAGUAUUAUUGUAUGUGGCUACGCUUUAAACCGAGUUAAUAUAGUGAGUUAAGUCGGACUCCGAGUCCGAACAACCACGUUGUGUUCAGGUGCGCGCGCGUCGCACUUUUUGUGGACAGUGUCUGAAUUGUAUAAAUGAUAUAAUGUCAGUUAGUAGUCAGUUCUGAUUCAAAAUGCCAUUUCGUGAAACAGAGGAGACAUUUUAUGAUGCCUUGUCAUACAAAGUGAAACAUUCGAAACGAGUAUUUUUCUUAGUAUGGCGAGGGAGCAUUUACAAGUUAGUUUGGCUCGACCUAUUAGUGUUCCUGCUUUUAUAUUACGUGCUCAAUUUAACUUACCGCUUAUUAUUAGAUGAACAUUCCAAAAGGGUAUUUGAGGGCGUUGUAAACUACUGCAGUUUUCAUGGGAAUGUGAUCCCUCUGUCGUUCGUAUUAGGGUUCUAUGUUACUGUGGUAAUGAACCGCUGGUGGAAUCAAUACACAACUAUACCUUGGCCUGACUCGAUCGCGGUCUUCGUCUCAGCAACUAUACAUGGCCAGGAUGAGCGCGGGCGUCUGAUGCGGCGGACCAUCGUGCGGUACGUGUGCCUCUGCCUCACGAUGGUGCUCACGAUGAUCUCACCCAGGGUCAAGAAACGAUUCCCCACACUAAACAACUUCGUUGAUGCUGGUCUCUUGUUGGAAAAUGAGAAAAUGAUCCUUGAUAAUCUGAAUGAUAAGUUUCCUAAACCUUCGAAACAUUGGCUACCAAUAGUAUGGGCGACCAGUAUAGUGACAAGAGCUCGCAAGGAGGGCCGAAUAAGAGACGAUUUUGCCGUUAAAACUAUUAUAGAUGAAUUGAACAAAUUUAGAGGACAGGCUGGACUUCUUCUUAGUUACGACACUAUUAGUGUACCUUUAGUGUAUACUCAGGUAGUGACAAUAGCAGUAUACUCAUAUUUUAUUACAUCUGCAUUGGGCAGUCAAUGGGUUGACAAUAAGUUACAACGCAACGAUUCAGUCAAUAUAAGCAAUAUUGACCUAUAUUUUCCAAUAUUUACAACGCUAGAGUUCUUUUUCUAUAUGGGAUGGUUGAAAGUGGCCGAGUCGCUUAUCAAUCCGUUCGGCGAAGAUGACGAUGAUUUUGAAGUGAAUUGGUUGAUCGACAGAGAUUUACAGGUAUCAUACAUGAUAGUGGACGAGAUGCACCACGAGCACCCGGAGCUCAUCAAGGACCAGUACUGGGACGAGGUGUUCCCGUCCGAGCUGCCCUACACCAUCGCCACGGAGAACAACCGGGAGGAGCACCCCGAGCCGUCCACGGCGCGCGUGGCCGUGCCCGUGCGACAGCGCAGCAUGGUCCUCUCCGCGCCCUCCAACGUCAAGAUCGACGAGCUCAACCCCUCCAACACCGUGAGUUACAAGUUCGACCCCCCAGAGCAAUUGCAAAUGAACGACGAUGCUGUUUCUGGCAUCCAUUUCAUCGUGAACCGCGGCAGCAAGCGCGGCAAGAAGGAUGAUAGGAACUCUAUGGGCUCUACAAACUCUAUGGCGUCGCUACAACAGACCCCCAUGACGCGGACCAAUUCAGUUACUUCUAUGCUAAAGAGGCUAUUCUCAAAAGACGACCAAAGACCCAUGACGGGGUCGCAGACAGAUGGUGGUGGUUCUCGGUUCAUGAUAUCUGCCAGCAAUCCAACGUUGAACAAGCCCGCCACGGCCGCCGGAGGCAGUAUGAAGAUAGCUAAUGAUAUUAUUGAGGAGGUCGACGAACAAGCAACCAUCACAAGUAUGGGGAAACGACCUGAGGCUAGGCCAACAGCUAUGAGUUUGUUUACACAAGUACCUCCCACACCGAGCGAACCAGUAGAUGUGCCUUCACGGAAUUCAAAUAACAACAGCUCCAACGGACGGUUGUCAUCAUCGGCGCCGACGCCAUGGAACGCAGUAGGCAGCGCGGCGGGCGACCUCAGCCCCACUGCUCAGUCCAUGACUACGCAGGACUCCUUCAGCAUACCGGCAGAGCGACCGCGCCUCGACAGCGAUGUCGGCCCUUCACUCAGCGCCGCUGGUAGUCAAACCUUGCUGGACGAAGCUGAUGGUGGAGAAGAUCCAGACAUGGACUUCAACCGGUUGCGCAGCAUACGCGAGCAACAUCGCCGUGAUAAAUACCUUCAGAAACUUAUGGCGCGCUCUGUGAGCGCACAACAGCGAACGGGUAGCAUGGAAUUAAUAGACAAUGAUCUUUUACUAGAAGACCUCCUAUCGCAAUCAGCAGCAGCACAGAAGAAAGACGAUAAAUCAAAGAAUGAUCCCAAAGAAAACACUACUUGACAUAGCAAAAGCUUCAUAUUUCCGUGGGAAGGCGCGGAAUUCUGAACACCUCAGCACAGUUCAGUAUUAGCAAAAUGUGAUACUAAUAAUGGUGCAUUGGAUGUAUUGAUAUUAAAAAUGUAAAUAUAUAAAUCAUUUUCACCAU